AUGACUAAGCAAUCAGAAGAGACACAGAAGCCAAUCAUCUUCGCGCCCGAAACGUACCAAUACGAUAAGUUCACUUUGAAUGAAAAGCAACUCACGGACGAUCCUAUUGAUCUCUUCACAAAAUGGUUUGACGAGGCCAAGGAAGACCCCAGAGAGACGUUACCGGAAGCGAUCACUUUUUCGUCCGCGGAGCUACCUAGUGGGAGGGUUUCCUCUAGAAUUCUUCUUUUUAAGGAACUCGACCAUAGAGGCUUCACCAUCUAUUCUAACUGGGGGACAUCUAGAAAAGCCCGCGACAUUGCUACAAACCCAAACGCAGCAAUCGUGUUCUUCUGGAAGGACCUGCAAAGACAGGUGAGAGUAGAAGGUUUCACGGAGCACGUUAACAGAGAAACUUCUGAGAGAUACUUCAAGACAAGACCCCGCGGGUCCAAGAUCGGUGCAUGGGCCUCACGCCAAUCGGACGUUAUUAAGAACAGAGAGGAACUGGACGAGCUGACUCAGCACAACACCGAGCGUUUCAAGGACUCUGAAGACAUCCCAUGUCCAGAUUAUUGGGGCGGGUUGAGAAUCGUCCCAUUGGAGAUCGAGUUCUGGCAAGGUAGACCUUCCAGGUUGCAUGAUAGAUUUGUUUACAGAAGAAAAACAGAAAACGACCAAUGGGAAGUCGUUAGACUGGCCCCAUGA